AUGCUCACCUAUCUCAGUCUUGCACUGCUCCUCCUUUCCCCUUGUCAGUCCGCGGGUCUGAAGCCUCGUUGCAGAUACAGAUACGGAGAUUCUGGUUGGCCUGACGAGCAAACCUGGAAAGAGUUCAAUUCCACGAUUUCUGGUCGCCUUGUCCGCACAUUCCCAUCCGCAGCCGUCUGCCACAACGCCGAGUUUGACAGUGAACAGUGCACCGAAGCCAAGGAAGAAUGGGACGAUAGCUUCUGGCGAACCAAUCAAACCGGUGCCUAUACUGCGAUAGCAUGGGAGUUGGGCGAUGGGCAAUGCUUCAUCAAUUCUUCUCGAAGUGAUCCUUGCGACCAAGGACUAGUUCCACACUACUCAGUAGCUGCCCAGACUAUUGAAGAUAUCCAGGCUGCAGUCAAGUUUGCAAGUGAGAAGGACUUGUACCUCGUGGUGAAAAACACGGGCCACGAUCACCUCGGACGCUCGAGUGGUGCCGGGGCUCUCUCCAUUUGGACCCACAAUCUCAAAGGCAGAGAAUGGAGUGACAACUACGUCGUGGAAGGUGCCCCAAAAGGCACUGAUGGCAUCCCAGCGGUCACACUUCAAGCUGGGGAGCAAUGGAUUGACGUAUACGAAGCCGCUGCUCAACAGGGUGCAAUUGUUGUCGGUGGCCACGCGCGGACUGUUGGCGCAGCUGGAGGAUGGCUCACAGGAGGUGGCCAUUCUGCUUGGUCGAACCUGUAUGGCCUUGGUGUAGACAAUGUCCUACAAAUAAGUCUCGUUGAUUCUCAAGGCAAGCACAAAGUUCUCAAUCAAUACACAGAUCCCGACUACUUUUGGGCUAUCAGAGGCGGUGGUGGCAGUGCAUGGGGAGUUGUUACCUCUGUAACAUACAAAACACAUCCUGAGCCUCCGACUGGCAUUCAAGUCGCUUUCAUCCAGAUCAAUGCCACCACCGAGACCAGCCUGAGACCAGUCUGGGAGAAGUCAUUGGGCGCAAUUGUCAAUAUGACCGACGCCGGGUACACAGGAUAUGCACUGCUUGAUGGUGGCUUUAGUGGCAUCUUUGUGCGACCCGGUGGCAGCGAAGAAGACUUAGAACGUGGUUUAAGUGGAUUCAGCGGCGUGGCUAAGAUUCCCGGGGCUAGUGCCGCCUUCUUCAAUGUCACGUAUCCACGUUGGAUCAACUAUACCAACGACUUCCUGUCAGAUCCAAACAUCGCUCAGAAUGUCAUGGAUGCUUCGAGGCUUUUGACCCCGGACAUAGCGCUCAACCAGGCAGACCAAGUUGUCGAUCUUAUCUUCGAGGUUGGUGUUGAACAUGCUCCAAGUUUCAACUUCGUUGGCCACGUUCAUUCGGAAGGACGUGAGGACACUUCCGUACAUCCCGCAUGGAAUGAGGGUCGAGGAGUUCUUAGCUUUGGUGUCAACUGGAACGAUACUGCUCCAGAAAGCGAGAAGAAAGCAAAGAAAGAGCAGCUUGUGCAUAUCAGCGAGCGAUGGGAUGAGAUCGCGGGCCCGGACGGAGGGACUUACGUUAAUGAAGCGAACCCGUACGAACCAAAUUGGCAGCGUGUCUUUUGGGGUUCAAACUAUGAGCGACUGCUCAAGAUAAAGCGAACGGUUGAUCCAAGUAAUCUUUUUGUCUGCAAUAGAUGUGUUGGGACAGAUGUUGUCUAUGAGCCAUAG